AUGUCUUGCAUGGCGAUUUACAGCAGGAGUAAAGAGGAAAAUUCACAGAAAAAAGGCUUUGGUCUUGGUGAUCCACAAAAAAGAGCAGUAUAUGACCAAUAUGGUGAAGAGGGUUUAAAGGAUCAAGUACCACCACCUGGUGCUGGUGGUGCUGGAGCUUCAUUCUUUUCUGCAGCAGAUGGGCCCACAUCAUUUAGAGGUGGCAGUAGAGGGAUGAGAGGAACAAGGUUACCAGGUGGGAUGUUUGGUGAUGAUAUCUUUAAUUCUUAUGGUGAAAGUGGAGGGUCAAUGCAUCAAAGUGCUCCUAGAAAAGCUGCUCCAAUUGAGAAUAAGCUGCAUUGUAGUCUUGAAGAGCUUUACAAGGGAGCUAGCAAGAGAAUAAAGAUAUCUAGGGAGACUUUUGAUGCUAGUGGGUGA